AUGGAUCCGCCCAACCCUAACCCCAACCCCAGCCCCAACCCCACCGAUGAUGCCCCGUCGCCCCCAGCCGAAUCCGCAGCCAGGCUCGCCGCCCUUUCCCUUCGCGGCACCAGGGACCUCCCCCCGGACUUCCACACCGCCGAGAUCCACGACCUCGACGACGACGACGACGACGACGACGAGGGCUACCUCACCGCCGCGUCCAGAGGCGGGAGCAGCACCUCCGCGUGGAAGGAGGCGCCCGAGGGCCUCCACGACGAUGACAAGGAUGGGGAAGACGUCUCCCAGCCCAGCCCCAGCAGCAGCGGAUACGCUGGCGAGCGCGGAAGCAGCCUCGAUGACGACCCCGACCCCGACGCCGACCCCGAACCCGCCCAGGAUUGGCCGCGCGACAAGAAGCAUCUCCACGAGGACGAUGCUUCAUCUUCCUGGAGGAAGAGGAAAAAGCAUUUCUUCAUCCUGAGCAAUUCUGGCAAGCCAAUAUAUUCCAGGUAUGGUGAUGAGCACAAGCUAGCCGGAUUUUCUGCUACAUUGCAAGCAAUCAUUUCCUUUGUUGAGAACAGUGGUGACCAUAUCAAAUUUGUGAGAGCUGGCAAACAUCAGAUAGUUUUCCUUGUGAAGGGGCCAGUAUAUUUAGUUUGUAUAAGCUGCACGGAAGAGUCAUAUGAAGGAUUGAGGGGGCAACUAGAGCUCAUGUAUGGUCAGUUGUUGCUUAUUUUGACAAAGUCAGUCAAUAGGUGCUUUGAGAAGAAUCCCAGAUUUGAUAUGGCAACAUUGCUUGGUGGCACGGAUGCUGUUUUCCUAUCUCUUAUACAUGCAUUCAGCUGGAACCCUGCGACUUUUCUUCAUGCCUACACAUGCCUUCCUCUUGCUCAAUCAACAAGGCAGGCAGCUAGUGCAGUUUUGCAGGACGUUGCUGAUUCAGGGGUUCUAUUUGCGUUAUUGAUGUGUGAGCACAAGGUUAUUAGUCUUGUUGGAGCACAAAAGGCAACUUUGCAUCCUGAUGAUAUUUUUUUACUUGCGAAUUUCAUUCUGUCCUCUGAAUCUUUUAGAACUUCAGAGUCUUUUGUACCCAUAUGUUUGCCAAGAUACAAUCCUAUGGCCUACUUGCAUGCUUAUGUUCAUUUUUUUGACGAACAUACAUAUGUCACUUUGCUUACUACACGAUCAGAUGCCUUUUAUGAUCUCAAAGAUUCCAGGGCCCACAUUCAAAAUGUUCUCUUGAAGUCAAAUGUCCUCAUUGAAGUCCAAAGAUCUUUACAUGAGAAUGCAUUGCGUGUUGAGGAUCUCCCAACCGACCAGUCUUCUCAAUCUGCAUCACACCCUCCAGAGUCCUCUCGAGACAUGAGUUCACAAUCUCUGUCUUCUGAAAUGGCAAUUGGAGGACCAGGUGGACUCUGGCAUUUUAUAUAUAAAAGCGUUUACCUUGACCAGUUUGUGUCAUCAGAAUUUCCCUCACCCAUAAGUAAUAAAAAGCAGCAGAAGAGAUUGUACAAAGCUUACCAAAAAUUGUAUGUAUCCAUGCAUGAUAAAGCAACUGGUCCACACAAAACUCAAUUCCGAAGAGAUGAGGAUUAUGUUCUAUUUUGCUGGAUAACCCAGGAUUUUGAACUAUAUGCAGCUUUUAAUCCACUGGCUGAUAAGACUCAAGCAAUCAAGAUGUGCAAUAGAGUAUGCCAAUGGGUGAGGGAUUUAGAAAAUGAGAUAUUCGUGUAUGGAGAGAGCGCCCUUUCCUGGUGA